CUGGACUCGUCUUGCAGAGGAGUGUCGUUUUCACCGGGCCAUGUCUUGAGAGAAGUCAAGGUCAAAAUGAUCCCAGUCCGAAAUGGCUGAGAUGCAAGUCCAAACCGAGCCCCCUUCUAUUGGCAAGGCUUCGGCUGAGCUGCAACCAAAUCCUGCAGCUCCGGCUCCAGCACCGGCCAAGGCCCAGUCCGAAGCUGCAGUUCCGGCUGCGCAGCAAAAGCGAGGCCCGUCUAUCCACCAGAUAUACGCGCUUCCUGCACCCAUCCGAACCUUUCCCCUCCCAGCCUUCUAUCCCAACAACCCAAUCUCGCUGGUUCACGUUGCCUACGCAUGGCUGGGCCAGGUUUUCCGACCACCGCCCGCAGAGCCUGCCGUGAUCCACCAGGGCGUCUGGUCUGAGACGACAAUCUCAGUCCACAUCAAAGAUGAAAAGUCUAUGAGGGCCUUGUGGGAGCAAGGCUUCUAUGGCAAGGGCAACCUGAGUCGCAGUGAGCCCAACUGGCUGAAGAGAGAACAAGUCCAGAGAGGACUCCAGGAAGUCCAUGUCAGCGAGAUUUUCACGCAGCAGCGGCGAGAGGAGCGAGCUCAAGCCAAGUGGGAGCGUGCGCGACUCGAGCAAGAAGUUAUUUUGCAGACAAGGCUGGAAGAGGAGCGACUAGCCGCAGAAAAGGCCAAGGUUGUGCCAGACUCCACCCCAACCUUUGUUGCACCAGUUGGUCCGUUGGAGCUCCUCGCACUUCCAAACUCGGCCGUCGUUGUAUCGCGCCUCGAGUCGAUUCUGAAGCCUCUACUGCUUCUUGCACCUGUUGGACCGCUACAACUUUUGGCGCUGCCAAACUCUGCUGCCGAUCUUGCCAGGCUUGGCAAAGUAAAUGCGUCCAAAGCCAACGAGUCGUCGUCGCCUCAUGGGUCUUCAACAGAAGACUCUGAAGAGCCUCGGACUCCCAUCACCAACGAAACUCCAGAAAUCUUUAGAGACGAUAGAUCUGUAAUUUCAUCGAGUGAUGGCGCGGGAAACAAGACGUUGAAGCGCAGAAAGAGUGUCCGAUUCUCUCCCACCGUGGAAUCAGCUACGUACAAGGCGUCCGAUCCUCCCAGCCCCAACCGCUCGCCUCCUGUGUCGUAUUCAAAGCCCUCCCAAGCCAAUGGCAAUGGCAACGCAACUAGCCAGACCCUGCCUUCACUCCCAUUGGCAAGCGUACCAGUGUCCGACCCCAUUAUCAAUAAGGAACAUCUCCAGUUGACACCAGAGGAAGCCUUCUUCCUUUCAUUUGGCCUUGGCGUGCUGGAAGUCUGCGACCCUGCAUCUGGCAGGGUGCUGUCGCGCCAGGAGCUCUUUUCUCUGUUCCGGCAAUACUCUUACUUUCCUCCCCGCAAUGGCCCCGACGAACCUGAUCUGGAGCCGGACGAUGGAUUCUUGGUUCACUAUGCCGUGUACCAUCAUUUCAGAUCGUUGGGAUGGGUUCCCCGCGGGGGCAUCAAAUUUGGAGUCGAUUGGCUUCUUUACACCAGGGGACCAGUGUUUGACCACGCCGAGUUUGGCCUGAUUGUGAUUCCCUCGUAUUCAGAUGCGUGGUGGAAGAAGCAAGGAAAAAAAGGCCCGCGAAAACCAUGGUCGUGGCUACACAGCGUUGUACGCGUCUUGUCCCACGUCACCAAGAGCUUGGUGCUCAUUUACGUGGAUGUGCCGCCUCCGCACAAGUUUGAAGAGGGGUUGAAGAAGGGCAUCACGGAGGCGAUGAAAUUGUACAAGAUCAGAGAGGUUAUGGUAAAGAGAUGGUCGAGCAAUCGAAAUCGAUGAAGUCGUCUUUGACGUCUAUUUUCAGCUUUUUUUUUUUUUUUUUUUCUUUUUUUAUCGGACUUGUGUUGUACGAUCAAGGUGAUUUCUAGGCGAUGAUAUUGUAUAUGUAUGCACAUGGGAGUUGGACAACAUGACAGCGACGUGCCGUUUAAUGGACAUGAGUAAUGAUGGAAUGAAUCUGGAUCCAGCUAUAGGGGCACAUUUACCUUUUUAUCAAAGAUGAAAAUGCAUUUCAAUCAAUAACAAGAAACUUUGAAACAUGAAGAAUAAACUGGACUUGAUUUGACAAAGUGAAUACUGCAAAGUAUUGCGAUUGCCUGAAUAGGUAGGACCCUGAGAUUGAGGGGUUGGUGGUGGCUAAUGUGUGAAUGUUCCUUUGAGCCGAAGCAAUGAGUUCAUUUCUCAACAUCAUCUGAUCAGACACUUGGAAAGCUAAAGAGCAAGUCAAUGCAGGCUAAUUGAGCAACGUAAAUUUUACUCUGACUUUUCGGCAAGGCUGUCGACUACUAUUUUCUGGCCGCAUCACUUGGUGCUUUGUUGCCGGACCUGUGCCUCGGUCCACUUCAGCUCUCUUAUUAGCGCAAAAAAGGGACCUGACAUGCGACUUUGUCAACUCCGGUUCUCCUCAUAGACGACCGACGUGUCAUGUAUUUUUGCAUUUACCAGCAGCUCUUGAUUUAGAUGCAUUGAAAAUUUGAUCCAGCGCCAGUUCAUAAGCAGCAACUUUUUCAC